UAAGCCACAUUUCAAAGAAUUUGUUUCAGCGCACAUGUGAUUGUAAUUUUGGCACUGGGAACUAAACUGUAUUAGGCAUUUAUUAGUUAUGUCAUUUUAAGAAAUAUGAGUGACUUAUAGUGUUAGCUAAGCUUUACAUUUAUCUUAGAGUUAUGUAAGAACAAAAUUUAAAUUGCUACAUAGACACACUGUUUAGGCACUACGUAUUGAUCAUUUCUUGAAAAUAUGCAUCUCACCACAGCUAGUUUUAUGAAUAAGAAACUGAAUUGAUAAUGCGGCUCAAAACUCUGUAUUACAGCGUUUACAGAAAUGAAUGUGUUUUGUUCUUUGUUAUAUUCAUUAUAUUUUUUUUGAAUGGAUAGCAUCGCCUUCUGACCAAGAGAAAACAGACACAAGAAGAACGAUUAUGUGAACAAGUGAUUGACAGAAAUAGGCUAUAUCUGUUACCUUCUGAUUAUAUCAUAGACAGUAUGGACAACGAUACACUCUAUCAUAUAUUUGACAAAUAUGUCAAUAGUUACCAGUUCCACUGUUGUAAUGUAUCAAGACAAGGCCUGCGGGGUGGGUCCGGGAAAAACAUUUGUGCAGAUGACCGAUUCAAGCCAAGUGAUCCGUGUAUAGUUUAUUCUUUUGGAUCAAAAUUCGAUUUUGCCUUCGAAGAUGACGUUUGGAGAUCAUUCAAAUGUGAAAUACACACAUUUGAUCCAAGUUUAUCAUUUGAGAAGUCACAAAUUCCAUAUUUUGUAAAUUUUCAUCUUAUUGGACUCUCUGGAAAGGAUUUUAAUCAAACAAAACCAGGAAAUCGGAGAUACCAUAAUACACUGUUUCGAAAGGUGUGGGAGAUGCAAAGGCUUUCGACAAUCCAAAAAGUACAUUCGCAUAAAAACAAAAUUAUUGACAUUCUCAAGAUUGACAUAGAAGGAUGGGAAUGGGAUGCCUUGCCGGAUAUCCUACUGACGGAGUCAUUGAGAAAUGUGAAACAAAUUUGCCUUGAAGUUCAUUUUGGAUUUAGGCAUAAGCAUAGUAAAAACAAUAGAAAAUUGUCAUUGAAUUUUACGUCAAACACAUGGGGCAAUGUUCCGAUACAGAAUCAGUUAAAGAUCCUGAAACGGUUAUAUGAAACUGGCUUCAGAAUUUUUAUGUCUCAAACAUUUGAAUGGAGAUCACUCUAUAUUCAAGGUAGAAAAAUCAGUACUCUAAACGAAUUAUCAUUUAUUAAUAUAAAUUUCUAAACAAGAAUUUAAUUUUAGCGUUUUAAUUGAAUAUUUUUAUUGUUUUACAUGUAUGAAGACUGCAAAAUUUAUUUACUUUUUGUUUCUUAAAAAAUAUCUUUCUUUUAUAAAUGUGAUUUUGCAUUUUGUUACGCAUCUUGAUAAUAUAUAUCUGAAUGUUUGAAAUGGAUUAAAAUCAAAGUUGUUAAUAGUGCUCAUAUUACACUUUAAAUCUGAAUGACCGUAUCCUUCUUCUAAAUAUAUUUCGACGUCAAAUAAAAAACAUA